AAAAGUUUGACAGAUGGGUCGAGCAACAUAUUGCAAGUGGUUGUAAACAGUACAGCAGGGAUGAGCUGAGGAUGGAGGCCCAUGUAUAUAUAUUUGACAUUUGACACUGCGUAUACGAAGGAAAUCAAUUUGUGUAACCUAUUCUUCGUAUGUAUUCGACUCUGGUUGAUGUUAUUGGUUAUUGUAUACUAUUCAUGUAGGAAUGCAGUAGUAAUAUAGCGUUCAUCAUUGAUGUAGAAUAGUUCGAAGUCGACGUCGUUUACAUCAUUCGGACAUCGUCAUGAACCUCGGAGAGGCAGAAGCCAUCGUCAUCGACAACGGGUCCGGGAUAUGCAAGGCGGGAUUCGCCGGGGAUAAUGGACCACGAUCUGCCUUCCAAUCCAUUGUGGGAAGACCACGACAUAUGAACGUGAUGACGGGGACCGCGCUGAAGUCGUCGUACAUCGGCGGCGCUGCGACGAACAUGCGCGGUAUCCUCUCGCUCCGCUACCCGAUCGAGCACGGCAUCAUCAUCCACUGGGACGACAUGGAGAAGAUCUGGUCCCACAUGUACUACAAUGACCUCAGGGCCGUGCCCGAGGAUCAUCCAGUCCUGAUGACCGAGGCACCGCUUAACCCCAAGGCCAACAGGGAGAUCAUGCUGCAGACAUUAUUCGAGAAGUUCAACGUUCCCGCCUUCUACGUCAGCAUCCAGGCCGUGCUGUCUCUCUACGCAUCCGGCAGGACCACGGGUGUGGUCUUUGAUUCGGGUGACGGUGUCACGCACACGGUACCGGUAUACGAAGGUUACUGUAUGCCGCACGGUGUAGGCAGGUUUGAACUGGCGGGAAGGGACCUGUCACAUUAUCUGGCCAAGAUUUUGACGGAGAGGGGGUACUUCUUGACCACUUCAGCUGAACUCGAGAUCGUCCGCGAGGUCAAGGAACGGCUGUGCUACGUCGCCGUCGACUUCGACAGCGAGAUGGAGCGGGCACAGCGUGACCCUACUCAGCAGGCUCACUACGAACUCCCCGAUGGCGAGAACAUUACCAUCGGCGAGGAGCGCUUCCGUUGCCCGGAGGCUCUCUUCCGACCCGACCUCGUCGGGAUGGAGAAAGUCGGCAUCCAGCACUACCUCUACGGCAGCGUGGCCGCGUGCGAAAUCGAUAUCAGGCGAAACCUGUACGAGAACAUCGUCAUGUCGGGCGGCAGCACCAUGUUCGCAGGCAUGGGGAAGCGACUUGGUAAAGAGAUGCAGCGACUUUCGCCAACCGAUAUGCCGGUGAAGAUAGUGGAGACUGAGGAUCGGAAGAACUCGGUCUGGGUCGGGGGCUCGGUACUGGCUUCGCUGAGUACCUUUGAAACAAUGUGGAUCACGAAAAAAGAAUACAGUGAAUGUGGAGCGAAUAUAGUCCAUCGAAAAUGUUUCUGACGAAAUUAAACUCACUGCGGACGCCUUAGUGAAAGAACAUCGGUGGUCUGGUCCUCUCUUGAGGAGUACCUUUGAAGCAAUGGAUAUGGAUCACGAAAAGAGAAUAUACAAAGAAUGUGGACCGAGUACAGUCCAUCGAAAAUGUUUCUGUUGUGAACGCAAUAUGGACGCAUUUAAGUUGGUGGAAAUAUUUAUAUGCAGCUAUAUAUCUAGGGUCAAUAUUGCUUUAUUUCGUAUUGUAAUGAAUUCUGACCUAAAACAUCUCAGACACAUCUCAACACCAACUCUGAAGCGACCGAUUCUUGGCCGUUUAGAAUAACGAAAGUUUAUGUUUGGUCUUUUGAUGGUCUAGGGUCGGUCUCGUUGGUGUGAUGGAGUAAUAGCAUCGAGCCCUUCCCAUCUCAUGAGUUAUUCUUGUCACAAAACACUUUGCACAAAGAGGCUGGCUCUCCAUAGAGAGAGCAAAGUAUGACACUGUUCGUUAUCAUCAAUAUCAUGAUCGCCCAAGCAAUCAUUAUAGACAAGGAAUCUGUUUGCCCUGAGAAGCGUAACAAAGACGAUGGAAGACGUUCAGAAACAGAAUGUAAUGGUAUCUUAUAACGUUGCAUCGACAAUAUCGCAUGUCAUGUAAUUCUUUACACUUUCAAUAACCGAAAUCGGCGACUGUCUGCUUUUGUAUUGAUAGCAAACUAUAAACUAUAUUAUAGCAGCUUCGGAUUAACGACAUUAUUGUAUGGUUUUUGGAUAGGGUGAUUUGUUAAUCUUUCAACAGCAUUACCGGUAUUAUAUAGUCACCGUACACUGAUCUAGAAACAUCAUCUAUAGACUAAUUAACAUGUAUUCAUCUAACAUUCUUGUGAAGGAGCAUAUCAUGCAUUUGGAGAAAAUUUGUUGAAGAAAUAUAUGAAGAAAUAUGAAGAAUGAGUAGGCCUAAUAUUAGUUCGUGUAUCAAUGUUUCGGGUAAUUAAUUGAGAUUAAUCCUGUGGAAAAAUAACAAAUAUCUUUCGGAAGCCUUUGUGGAAAACAAUCAGAAAACAAAAAUAUUAAUACUUCUUGGUGAAUGUAGACCUAAUAAAUAGAGUAAAAUAUAGAAGGGAAGUAUAUACGAUUGAGUUUAUAGUACCAAUACAAAAAAAGAUGAAUGAGCGGGUUGAAGUUAUUUUCGUCGCUUUGACGCUAUUUCAGGAGGAUAUGAAAUGAAUUUACAAUACAUCCUAAGUUAUUUUCAAAACACUUUGUGGUCGAAAAUUUUGCUUAGAGGCGUCGCUACACAAUUUCGAAUAGGGGAGGGUUCUGAAUCUGUUUGUUUUUUUAUUCGGGGGGAGGGGCAAAGUUUACCGAAAAGUUCUCACAAUAUAGGAGUGUAUACUGGAAGUCAAAUUUUACAGAAUUGGUAAUAUGUAUAAUAAGAAAAUUAGGUUGAUAAAAUAAAAUUAACUAUGUUUCAUCGAUGUCUUAGCAACGUUUUGAGUAAAUGUAACCCUGGGUUUUGCAGCAAAAAUGAUUAUUCUGUCUGUAUAACUGUAAUAAAUGAUUUUAUAAAAUUGAGGGGGGCGUUAUCAUGGUUAUAGAGAGAAAUUAUGACGACAAUAAAUAUCUAUGAAUAAUAGCCAA